AUGUACGCUCUCCUCCUCCAGCACAACCAGGCGGUCCAGGAGGCGCGGCACCGCGAGGAGGCGCGUCGUCGCGCCGUCAACAGCAUUCGUCUCAAGCGCCUUCUGCGACGCUUGGUGCGCGACCAGCGCGUUGCCCGCGCCCACUCGCUGCCGCUCUUUGAUGACGGCGACGCGUGCGACGCGUUAAAGUCGAUGCCUCGCUAA